GGCCUUUCGUUCAACCUCGGUUCUUUGGUGCCCAGCAUAAGACUCUCCCUUCUAUCAUAAACCAUAUCGAUCAUGCAUGAACUAUAUCCAGCCUGAAAUCCCGACUAGUACGACUCGAUGAAAUUCCUCUCAAAAUGCCACCCGCCUCUCCCACCGUGAGAAUCGUCGAGGUCGGACCCCGCGAUGGACUCCAGAACAUUGCCACCCACAUCCCCACUUCCACCAAGCUCGACCUAAUCCGGCGACUACACCACGCCGGUUUACAGAGCAUAGAACUGACAUCAGUGGUCUCACCCCGCAAAAUCCCCCAGCUGGCCGACUGUCGCGAUCUCCUACAGCAUUUCUCGAUUCGAAGCUUGGCGAGCGAUCCGCACCUGCGACUGCCGGUCUUGGUCCCCAAUCUCAAAGGAUUGGAGAUUGCGCGCUCGCUGAGCGUGAAAGAGGUGGCUGUGUUCAUCAGCGCGACGGAGGGGUUCAGCCGCGCCAACAUCAACUGUACUGUCGGGCAGGGGAUCGGGAGAGCAACGGAGGUCGCAUCCCACGCCAUCGCUGCGGGUCUGGCCGUGAGAGGCUACGUAUCCUGCAUCUUCUCCGACCCCUUCGAUGGCCCGACCUCCCCGGCUGCUGUGCUCCGCUGCGUGCGAGCCCUGCUCGACGCGGGCUGCUACGAGGUCAGCCUGGGCGACACGCUCGGCGUAGGCUUGCCCGCGACGGUCCGCAGUCUAAUCCGGUACCUGACUGAUGCGGGUGUCCCGGUCAACCGUCUCGCUGGGCAUUUCCAUGACACGUACGGCCGCGGGGUCGCCAAUGUCUGGGAGGCGUAUACGUGCGGCGUGCGCGUGUUCGACAGCAGUGUCGCGGGGCUCGGGGGCUGCCCUUUCGCUCCGGGUGCCAAGGGCAAUGUCGCGACGGAAGACGUCGCGUACAUGUUUCACAAUGCUGGCAUCGAGACUGGAAUUGAUAUUGCUAGCUUGGUGGACACGGGGGCCUGGAUCUUGAAACAGCUCGCAGACAUAGACUCCACCCAGGCUGCUAGUGCCGUGGCUGCGAGGGUCAGCGAGGUUGCCCCUCGGACCAAGCCGCAGAGACUGCACAGCCAUCUCCGCCAUUACGAUGGGCAUUGGCCGUCAAUGCGGAUGGAAUUUAAUUGCAUUGGCGCAGGGUCGAACUGAAAGUCGUGCUGCGCAGGAUGGCGCGCGUGAGACGAUAUGAAGUGAAGGAACCCCAAAUUGCCCAAGAAUGCCUACGGGGUGCGAGUUUCGGUUGGAGAUAAUGGUCACCUGGGGACGCCCGUCGGACUGGCAGCCGGGUACUGUGACAUGUAGAGCACUUAUAAAUCCAUACGCUUGUCUGUGUACUACUUGAUCGGCUACAACAAAGGCAGUACUUAUGUGUACAGCCACGGUGGUUUCAACAAAUGGAGGAUUCUACAUACAUGUAUACGUGAUAGAUGACAGAGAAUCC